AUGCCCACUCCCCAAAUCUCCGGGAGCCGAGGGUGGUAUGUAGGUGAUGGAAUUACUCAUUGUGGACCUCCAGGGGAAAUUUGUCACAAUUCUGAUGAAUGCGGGGAUAAUGCAAAAUGCGAAUAUUCUAUAAAACAUGAACAUUAUAUUUGUUUUUGUUCUGAUGGUUAUUAUAAAGUUGGUGAAGGAAGUAAUUUUGAAUGUUUACCGGAAACGAAGCAAACUACAAUAACAACAAACAUUAAUAAUCAACAACAAACAUUAAAAGAGAAGGAAGAAAAUGUUUUACAAACACACGACAACAACCCUUCCGGAAUUGUUCCAAAAACACGGAAACAAUGUUCAGAUUCUAGCGAUUGUCAUGUGUUUGGAAGUUGUCUACUUUCAGAACAAACAAAUACACACUAUUGUUUUUGUGUACCAGGCUUUCAAGGGGAUGGAGUUGACAAAUGCGAAAGUUCUGAGGAGUGUAGUCCAACAAACAUUCAGGCUUGCCCACACCCCAAUCAAGAAUGUGUUUUUGAACAUUCUCUUCGCAAAUUUGCUUGUCAAUGCAAAAAUGGGUUUAUAAAACAAGCAGACGGAAAGUGUCUUUUCGAACCAACAGAACCUCCACCUUCUUCUGUUGAUCGUUGCAAACAAUGCGGGGCUAAUUCACAAUGUGUUAAACAACUUUUGGGAGGGGGAAAAGAAGAAUUUAUUUGGAAUUGUAUUUGUAACCCUGGAUUUACUGGGAAUGGUUUUGAAUGUAGAGAAGAAAAUUGUUUGGAUCGUCCACAAAUGUGUAGCCCUAAUGCUCAGUGUUUACCUGAUGGCCAAAAAGCUUCUUAUUUGUGUGUUUGUAAUUAUGGAUUUAAUGGGGAUGGAAAGAUUUGUGAACGUAUGUUUUUAUUUUAUUCUGAUUUGUUUUUAGUUUAUUCUGCAAAAAUUCUACAAACAAAAGAAACACCAGAUAAAUUGUUAAUUGGGCGUGGAAUGGCUAUUAUUCAAAGGUCUUCAAUUCCUAAUUUGGAUGAAUCAGGAAGACAGUUAAUUGUACAGCCACAUCAAACAGUUGUAGAUAUCGACUAUGACUGUAUUUCUGAAAGGAUAUAUUGGAGUGACAUUUCUGGCCAUUCCAUUCGUUCUGCAUUUUUAAAUGGUACAGAAAUUACUUCUGAAUUUAGUGAUUUGCUUAAAUCGCCGGAAGGUAUUGCAAUAGAUUGGCGUUCACAAAAUAUUUAUUAUGUUGAUAGUAUCAAAAACGAACUGGGUGUUUUGUCUAUUAAUGGAAAAUUUCAAAAAACACUUUUAAAAGAAGGGUUGAAUAAUCCAAGGGCAUUAGUUAUUGAUAUGGAAAGUCGUCAACUUUUUUAUUCUGAUUGGUCGAGAGAUGCCCCAAAAAUUGGAAGAAUUGGUUUGGAUGGAAGUGGAAAUAAAGUUAUAAUUUCUGAUGAAAUACAUUUACCUAAUGGACUAGUAAUGCUUCAAACUAGUAGAAGGUUAUGUUGGGCAGAUGCUGGUAAUCAAAGGCUUUCAUGCAGUGCUUUGGAUGGGUCUAAUAGGAAAGUGAUAUAUGCUCCAUUAGAAUACCCUUUUGGAUUGACUGCUGACAGUUUAGAAGAGCGUUUUUAUUGGACAGAUUGGAAAGAGUAA